UCCAACACCCGACUCUCAGUGUUCAAAAUGGCCUCGUGCUGGUUCUAUGUGAUUUGUGUGGCGUUUGGAAUUGUGGUUGGAGUGCCGGUAUAUGAUAUCAAAGAAGAAUAUCAGGACCCGCCCUUAGAUUUGGAGGUGUUCAGUAAUUACGUCAUUCUACGGUGGACUCCAAAGGACUGGGAUAACGCUACACAGUACGAGGUUAUGUUGGCUAAUGAAACUAUGGCUGAGAUAUGUACAACGAAAGUUUCCUGUGAGGCGAUCGAAUGUGAAUUCAAUAGCAACAACAACACAGAUUGUAAACUUACCCCUUGCAGCAAUAUAACAAUAACGGUUAGCGGGAAUAACAUAACUUCAGAGUCGGACGUUGUUACAGCACCAGCAUCGAAAGUCGCAGUCGGGACCAAGAUCAUAGACAACUACCUCGCUGUAUUAUGGAAUGAAACCCCGGAACCUUCUUAUAAAGAGUGCCAUGAGUCCACUGAAGUCAAAGUGAACUUCGCCCGAUCGGGAUCCUUUACCCAGAUCAAAGGCAGCCAAUCGGACCGCGCUCUGUUCCCCUUGUCUCAGUGUGAUACUGGGGAUGGGGAUGUACGCGUCACGUCCUUAGGUGGAAACGGGUCGAGUGAGCCGAUGAGAGCCAGCUUCACUUUCGAAGACAGUGCUCUCGUCACACCCCUUGUGGGAUCAUUGGAACUAAACGCCACAUGCGACACCAUAGAAGCAACCUGGGAGCUGAUUGACUGGUGUUCUUACCUCGCCUGGUUUAAGGUCACAUUAGAGCCCUUGGGGACGGUCCACCCCACGCUAGAUUAUAACGAUACCAGCGUUAUUUUCGAAGGGCUCGAUGCUGCCACUAACUACACGGUGUGCGUCCAGCCGGUAGAUGACACCAGCGUUGAGCUUGCCCCGCAAAUCUGCAGCACCGCAAAAACAGUUAUUCCUGCCGCGGAAGACCUCCUAGCUGAAGCAAUAAAUCAUACAGCAAUUCAAGUUUCCUGGUCCCCGAGUGAAUGUAACAUGUCUGAGCCUCUACUUUACGAAAUAAAAAUUGUUGCCUGCAAUAAUAUCACAAAUGAAACUUGUUCAGGAAAAACGUUUGAAAACUGGACUAGAGAGCUUAACUACACACAGACAGGGCUAGAACCCCAUACCGAGUAUCACGUAUCUGUGAUUAGCCCAUAUUCAAAUGACUCCAUUUACGAAACCGAUGAUUUUGUCACCACUCUUCCUAUAGCCCCUUAUGAUCUCGAAGCAUUCCUUCAAGACUCCUCGACUAUCUAUGUUUCGUGGGAUUACCUAGAGGAUCUCGCAGAAAAUCAAACGUACGGCAUCAGCUGGAAGCUAGAAGGCUCAGACAUGAUAUACAGCGAUAAAACAACGUUGAAAGAGUACGUCAUCGCAGGAUACAACGGAACAGGGACGACUCUCCUGUGCGUCACCGUUACCAUAGAUGAGACAAUGAGCCUUCCGGAAUGUAAUGAAUUCCUGCUCUACUAUCUAGAAGAUGAUUUCGGACUGAUUCUUGGCCUGAUGUUAGGAAUUCCAUUGAUCUUAUUUGCCAUCGGCCUCGUCCUGGCUCAGGUCUUCAAAAUACAGCUUACGGACAUAUUCCCAGGAGUGUAGUAUUCCUGGAACUUUUUCAUAGAGCGUUGUAGUUAGGAAUGUUGAUAUACUGAAUAAAUGUUGUUCAUUAAUGCAGGAUAACGAACGUGUUUGCCCAGAGCGUAAGUAUUUUGUCUUCUUAUAAUGUACUUGUAAUAAAAUAUGUACAGAAUAUUGAGAAAAUAA